AUGGCGGAUGUAGAGGCUAUUGUGUGGAGCGCCUCGGCUCUGGAGUUGUCCAUCUGCGCUGUAUCGGAUCUUUUGCUCGGUGUAUUCUGCAUGCCCUUCACUCUCCUGGGGCAAAUUCUCAAGAAUUUCGUUUUCGGUCUCACAAUGUGCAAACUAAUACCGUAUUUUCAAGCCGUGUCAGUGUCGGUGGGUGUCUGGACGCUGGUUGCCAUUUCGCUCGAACGCUACUUUGCCAUUUGCCGACCAUUAAAAUCGAGACGAUGGCAAACACAGUUUCACGCUUACAAAAUGAUUGCUGUUGUAUGGACUCUCAGUCUCACAUGGAACGUACCAAUUCUCAUCGUGUCUCAAUUAAAGAGCUUAAGCGGAGGAAGGCGUAAGUGUCGCGAGGAAUGGCCGAGCGUCGGCGCCGAAAGAGCUUACAAUCUCUUUCUAGACGGUACACUGCUUCUGAUACCGUUGCUGCUUAUGAGUUUGGCUUACUCAUUGAUAGCAAUAAAACUUUGGCGUGGCUUGAAGCUCGAGAUCCGACAAUCAUCGACAUGUACCAGAAGACUCGGGAGAAUGGAAUCUAACGCAACGAUUCGAGGCACGAGUUACAACAACAAUAAUGAUCGAGAUGGAAGGACGACAAUGGUAUUUGACGCUUGCGGCCCGACUUCGAGAUCGCGGCGCGGCUUCUCGUCUUCCUCGAGACACUUCCAAGGCGCUUCUCAAGGUGUACCAUCUAGGGUGCGGUUACCACGGACAGUAGUCUCCAAGGUGCUUACUGGCAAGUGUCACAGUACAGAUUUGUCUCAGGCAUCCCGGAUUCAAAUACGAGCGAACGGAAGUGGCUGCUUAACGCGAGACACGAAGGAUAUCGCUAACGAGGAUCAGCAGGACUCACCUUGUCCACUCACCAGACAACACGUGAUACGCAGUAAUUACAUGGCGAAGAGCAUCGAGGCGAAAAAAAAGGUAAUCAGGAUGCUCUUUGUAAUAGUCCUCGAGUUCUUCGUGUGCUGGGCACCGUUGCACGUAAUCAAUACGUGGUACCUUUUCUCACCCGAACUGGUGUACUCGAUCGUCGGUAGCACCGGCAUUAGCCUGGUUCAAUUGUUGGCAUACGUCUCGAGCUGCUGCAAUCCCAUCACGUACUGUUUCAUGAACAGAAAAUUUCGCCAAGCAUUCCUCGGGCUCUUCGACUGCCACCGCUGUUGGAGGGUAGGUUGCAGACACAGCGACAUCGCAAUGGCGGCCACCGGAAAUGCCGGACAAGCUGGCAAUAACAGCGAAUUAAGCGGAAACGACUCAACAGUGUACCUGGGCAAAGCGUCUCUCGCCGCUAGAUCAGAGGUAGUGCGGUUGCUGGAGGAGGAAGAUCGUGUCUAGUAUAAGUCGUGUAGAUUAUGCGACGUGGCGGCACGACCGAACGUAUCUCUGUCCCAACCUCGCGAGGAGGAAGACUUUGUUUUGAAAAUAUCCUGGCCGCCUGUCGACAAGAUCGCUUCUCGCACAAGUGGUAAGAAACCCGCACA